UUUCCUUUUUCUCGGCGGCUUCCUCUUCCUCGCAAUAUCAUCAUCAUCAGCCUCCUCCGCCGCCUCUCUCGCCCGCAUCACCACACCCUCCUCACCCCAUCCUCCCUCCCUCGCUCCCGCAUGUCGGACGCGGCCCUGCGCAAGCGUCGGCCGGUCAGCCUCGCGUUCGCGUUCGCGGACCCGGCCGACCCUGCCUCCUCUGCUCCUGCCGCCGCUCGCUCGGCGCGCACUCCGCCAUCGCCCUCGCCUUCGCCGUCAUACUUCCCCACCGCCGCCCCCGUCAUCCCUACAUCUCCGGCCGGUGUCGCGCGAGAGGCUCCGCGGCGGCAGCAGUCCCAUUCUGUCUCGUACGGCUCGUCGGCGUCGUCCUUCCAGCUCCUGCAAUCGCAUCAGCAGACGCUCUCGCAGCAGCAGCUUCAGCAGCAGCAGCAGCAGUACCAGGCUCAUCUGGCGUCAAUUUACCAGCAUCACCAGCAAUCGCAAAUGAUGACCCCCCCUGAAGAGUUUGCGCCCCAAAACCGGCCAGUGAAGACAAAGUCCUGCAGCUGCGACCUCGACUACUCUGAUACCCCGACCGGCGAACUCAUCGAUACCAUCAUCGACGACAAAGACGACGACGUCUCGGUCGCCGCCGCUGCCUCGCUCCUCAUGAGACAUCCUACGAGUGGCGUUGCAGGCGAGUCCUUUUUUCUCGACCCUGAAGCUUUUUCAGACGACCGCCUGGCUUCGUCCUCGCACCACACCGCAUCCUCCUCGACCGCAUCUGCCUCUGCUGCCGCCUGCCCACCAGACUCUGCCGGCUCAGGCGGCGACCUCGCCAGCCCAGACUCCGCCCUCCCACCAUCCUCGACCCCCGCAUCCGCCUCAUCUUCGUCCGCCUCGUCCCCUGCACAACUCAGCAAAUCUAUCUUCAAAAAAAUGGUGCCGGCCAAAAUCCGCGCGGGCAUCAAACGCCGCAUGUCGGCGCCCAUCUCGCUCUCGUCGAUGUCGCUCUCGAUGACCUCGCCGUCGACGUCCUCGCCGUUCGCUGCUGCGUCGGCGUCGGCGUCGGCAGUGACGCCGUUGUCGCAGACAAAGAACCCGGACGGGUACUUUGAUAUCGAUAUCGCGUCAAAUACGAACCUCGAAUUCGACGGCAGCAGCGCGCCCAUCAACCCAGCGACGAGCGCUACUACUCCUUCAUCAAACCCGACGACGACUACCUCAUCCACAGCCGCAGGCUCCGUCAUCGCCACACCGCCCGGAAAGCGCAACUCGCCCAUCCUGCCGCCGACAGACCCGACCCACCGCAUGCCAAACUCGCCAACCCAUCUCUCACAGCAAUCCUCACCAAUCAUCACGACCUCGGCCUCAACCCCGCACACACACACCCACGUCGCGGGGUACCCUUCACAGUCAACAGUAAGCCCGGGCGUGCUGGCUGCUUCGGCAGCGAUGUCUGCAAUCAUGUCUUCGUCGCCGCCGAUACCGCCUUCGCCGUUGGCAGGCAGUCGAGCGUCGAUCGUGCCGGAAUUGUGCGAUAUCCCGACGCCGCUGUCGCCGACGCCGAUACAGACGCAUGCUGAGAGUCUGAGCGAGACGAGUAGUGCGGGCAUGACGACCGCAUCGACGCCUACCGGCGCGGCAUCAGCGGCGCGCGCGUCGUCUAUCACGACGGACACGUCAUCCCUUCUGCAAGCGCAGCAGCUGCAUACCCGGUUGCAGGUCCAGCUACGGCUACAGGAAGCCGCGCUGGCAGGAACAGGCACCCUCCCACUUUCCCAACAAUCCGCCGACCCAUCAACUCCUACCGCAACAACAACAACAGCAACACAAACCACUUCCCGCCCGACCUCAGGCCCCACCUCCGCCAGCACCUCGCUCACGACCGCGGACGAAGACCUCGCGCAAUUGUACGAAAACAUGCGGGUCGAGGACCAAGCUUUUGAGGCGACGGAGAGCAGGCUGGAGGAGAGCGGGUGGACGUCCGAGGCGGAUCUUGCCGCGAUCCGGAAGGAUCGCGUGGCGGCGCGGAAGAGGUGGGAGGCUGCUAUUGCUGCGUUUAAGGAGCAGCAGAGGAAUGCUUGAGUUAACCUAUCAUCUUGUUUUUUUUUUAUAUCAUGGAGUUGGUUUUUGUCAUGUUUUGGUUUCAUGUAUGUACUCUAAAACGUAUCUACCUAUUCAAUCUUUCCUACAAAAAGGCUUUUGUUUUUGUGUUUGUUGUGGUUUUCAUUGUAU